AUGUGUGACUCCACGGAUUACAUGUGUGACUCCACGGAUUACAUUUGUGACUCCACGGAUUACAUGUGUGACUCCACGGAUUACAUUUGUGACUCCAUGUGUAUCCAUUUGGCAUCCAUGUCCAAUACCAAGACUGUGCUGGACAUUGACAAUGCCAAGCUUGCUGCUGAGGACUUCAAGAUGAAGUAUGCGAAAGAGCAGGCCAUGAGGAUGGCAGUGGAGGCAGACAUCAGUGGUCUGAGGAGGGUCCUGGAUGACAUGAACCUGGGCCACUCUGACCUGGAGUUGCAUUACGAGGGUCUGAAGGACGAGCUCAUCAUGCUCAAKAGGAACCACCAGGAGAUUGCCCUGGUGAAGACCCACGUGGGCAGCCAGGUGAAUGUAUCAGUGGAUGCUGCCCCAUCCCAGGACCUGAACGCAGCGAUGACCGAGAUUAGGAAGCACUACGAGUCUGUGGCCAUCAAGAACCGCAAAGAGCUGGAAGCCUGCUACCAGGGCAAGCUGGCCAUAGUGGAGAUUGAAGUCGUGACAAACAAUGAGCAGCUGAAAUCGUCCCUGGAGGGCACCCUGGCAGACACCCAGAAGCGCUACUCUGCUCAGCUGGCAGGGCUCCAGAGCAUGGUGACUAGCCUGGAGCUCCAGCUCUCCCAGCUCCACGCCAACAUCGCACACAACAAGCAGGAGUACGACAUGUUGCUGAACCUCAAGACCCGGCUGGAGAUGGAGAUCGCAGAGUACAGGAGGCUGCUGCACGGAGAGGACGACAGCUCCACCCAAGUGGUUACCAAGACGAUCACAGUGACCCAGACUAUUGUGGAUGGAAAGGUGAUGGUUCUGUUAACAGAACCAUCAAUAAAGAUUAUGUGGUUGAGUGAGAAUGGGCUGUUUGGUUUCACUUGUUUCAGAGAUAUUAAUGCUUUAUAAUAGACUGACCAUAUGAAUCUGUGAGUAUGGAUGUCAUAGCACAUAUAUUUUGUGUUCUCAUUUCAUAUGACUUGAUUUCAAUUUGACAUCUUUCCACCAAAACAUGGUGUCCAGCACUAGAGUUGACUACACAAACACUCUCCAUACAGKWUAUAACUCUGAAUCUAAUGCUUGAAUAACUGAGAGUUUGAUUAAUAGAGAUAGAAUGAUGUAAUUUUGCCGACAGCCAGUGUGACGGCCCUCCCACUCUGU